GCGUCUGGUCAACAAAGAAACGGGCUCCGCUGGCCCCUUCGUCGUGUGGGAUUACAGGAGAGGAAACACCUGUCCCACUUGGUUUAGUGCGCGCAGUCUCGAGCGGCCACAUGAAGUAGAUCCUGGAGGAGUACAACAUGGUGUUAGUAGUACAUGUACAGGAACUGGAGUCCCCAUUCGUCGCGCCCCCUCAGCAACAGCAGCACCCACGCUUCACCUUGAAGUGCAGAUAUAUUCUCCUGGGGCGUCGAGUUUUUUAGCAGGAGAAGAUACGAUCUUAGGGCGUGGUCAAGUCCCGCUAGCCGAUGUAGGGAUGGGUGUUAUGUUUUUGUCUGAUAAGUUGGUUAGCUAGGCCCUCGUACCUGUAGCUUCGCAAGCGAGAACGCGUUCCAUCUUCUUCUAAGUAUAAAACCACCGUUCUACCGCUCUCUACGGAGCCCUCCGCUUUCGAUCGAGUAGUUGAGUCACUUAUUUUUGCUCUGUCACCAUCUGGGCGAAGUGUGAAAGACUUUUUGCCGCAAGAGCAGCAGGACCCACCGAAGAAGAGAAUGGUCGCAGAGGCAUCUCGCUCAACAUCAUCUACGACGGCUACUCGUACAGUUAAGAUUGAUGAAUACACAGGAGUAGUUGGUGCGUGUCUACUCUCUAUAAAUAUGUAAACAGCUCUCCUUGGGCGAAUACGUUCCUUUCCGUACCAGAAAAGGAGAGCGUCAUCUAAUAUUGCAACUACCGCUGCGAACGCAUCGCUAGCGAACAAUGCAGCUAGUGUGCCCACACUCGAUAGUGAUCCAGAUGGAUCUUCUAGUUCCAAAGAGAUCGGUCAGGCUAUUGUCAAAUUGCGGCGAUUAGAUGUGCAGGACCUGGUGACACGGAAUCGGCAAAAGACGUUACGGGUCGUUCAAGUAAGAGAUGCGUUGUGCUGGUGCUGUCUACCAGUUACAAGAAGAUAAAAGCAAUAGUAAGUAGUAAGUAGUUAAGUAAGUAAGUAAUUAUGUAAGUAGUAGCAAAGGCACUAGUAAAGAUAGCAAACGUUUUGGAUAUUUUUUAGACCAGCAGCAUUCAGCAAGAAAGUUUUCCCCAUCUAAGAAAAGUCUACUUCGUGCGUCAUGGCGAAUCAUUGUGGAACGAAGCGCAGGAUGGUGGACUGUUUUGGAGGAUGCCUGGGCUUUUUGAUGCACCUCUGAGUUCCGCAGGCCGCAGACAGUGUGAGGAUUUGGCAAAAGUCACGAGGCAGAUGUUUCGAGGUAAUUUUUACUUGUACUUACUGUAUUUCGUUUCCGUAGGCUAUUUCGUUGCAUGUCCUUGUUCUUAUGCCGAGUAUUAUAGUAGAGCAUUUCCUAAGAUGGAUGAUGGCUUGCAUGGAUUGCAAUGCAUUGCAUGGAUGGCAUGGCCAGGAGGAGCGAAGGCGUGACCUUUUUAAAGGGGAAGCGCGCACUUCUCUGCUUGAACGCAGCGCCUCGCCUGACAAGGCCACAGGAGGGCCGCUGCCUUGCUUAUCUUGUUGCGCUCUGCCCGCCCGCGGAUAGGGGGGCUGCUUCUCGUAGGGGUGAGGCCGCGCAUGGGCCACUCCCUUUCGGUUCGAGCUGGCUGCAGGGAGGACCGGACGCAGAGCGCCUGACGCCUGGCCGCGUUCCGUUGGAGAUGCCAGCAAACUAGCCUAGACAUUCGCAGCUAGAUAGAAGCCGGGCCCCUAAGUAAGUGCGUGAUGGUCGAUAGGCGUAAGUGCUUAAGAUGUUAGACUAUGAAGCCCCCCACUGCCCCCCUGGGAUGGAAUUGCCAUGCUUGCGACCAUUGUGCUUACAAUAUAUUGAUGCUUAUACUUUUUCGCUAUGGGCCCGCGUUAGAAGUAACAGGAACGCAGUGGCGUUGGGCUUUCAGUCUAGCCCUGAUUUCCGGCUGGGUUUAAGUAGGCACACGACAAGGGCGCUAGUUUCCUUGCGUACACAGGCUACGGCGCGCAUCUAUGGCCCUCUGCGUUGCCGGCGUUGGGGCGGUGGUCUUCGGGGGGUGUUCUGACUGUAGCCUGCGUAUGCUGCGCCUGGAUGCGAAUGCUUCGAAGUUGCUUGCGCCCAAGCUGUUGGAAGGUGAAACUCGACUACAGUAAGUGCGGACGAUGGCGCCCGAAGGGCGCCCCGAAAAGAAAGCGACUUAGUUCUAAAUAGUGCCAUCCAUUGCCAUGCAUGCAAUCCAUACCGUGCAUUUUAGAAAUCUGGAAAGAGCGAAGUUCUCUAUUAUAGUAUACCUACCUUUACUAGUGAGUAUGGUACUCGUGCGAACUUGUUUUGAUCAGGAGCAAACACCUGGACCUGCACAUUUUUUACCUUCAACCACCUUCAAAGAUUCCCCUCCGAGCGUGAUAUUUUGCUCGCCGUUGACCCGCGCGAUUCAGACAGCUGUAAUCGGCUUUCAGGAUUUCGUCUACAGCACGCCUUUGCUUCUACUUCCUAGUGCGCGGGAGAAGCGUGGCUCGAUCGCGUCUGUCGAUUCUGCAGGCAUCGCUGUGGGUGAGGACAUCAUUAAUCACGUGCAGACAGAACUGCAGAAACUGUAUGCUGAACAAAGUAUGGAUGGAGGAUCUACUAAGUCAGGAACGACUACGACAGCUACCACCGCUGGUGGAGGCGCUUCUACGUCAGGAACUGUGACUGCAACUAUAGGUGCAACUCAACACGGUGAGCAAGAGCAUCUACCAAGACCACAUGCAACUGCGAUAAAACGACAGCGAAGUGAUCAGUCGCAGCAGUCAUCAGGAAAGUCGCGGUCACCCGCUGUGGUUGCUGCCCGCCCAUCCGUGGCGAGCCUGAAGCGGCGAGGAUCAGGAACAUCUAGUUAGGAAGACUACUUCACUGUACAGUUAGACUCGUAAAUAUCAGCUUUUGCAUUUGCUUACCACCGAUUCUCUUUGUAACACUAAAAGUGCCUUUUCGUUUUCUUGCAUAAAGAAGUUCAUGUUGAUGAUACUGAGAUGAACAAUACGCCGUGCUCUAAGUCUGUGCAAGCAAAAUGGAGGCAGGCGAAGAGGACGUUGUUCCUGCGUUUGUGCGGAAUUUCCGCGAGUUGCAGUUAUGGAGAACAAUAGUGGCUAUUCUGAUCAUCAUGGGGUGUCAUACAUAUUUAUAUAUUUAAUUCACAGUGUUCCUAUUCUCAUUCUCGCGUUCCGUUUUGGUUUUCCUUCACAUGAUUUUCCAUUUCCUCCAAUCCCUGUCGACACAAAGCAAGUUCAACAGCCCUGGUGGACAUCUUGGGCAGAUAGCCGUAGCGAUUUGUUGCGGAGAUUAGAUGACUUCAUGUGCCAGCUGAUUUACUCGCCCUACGAUAAUAUCGCAGUGGUCGGACAUUCGCAUUUCUUUCGCGAGAUUUUCAGGAACUACAUCCACAACGAGUUGUUUACUGUCGAAGGAAGGAGUGACGAUGCGAUGAAAGAGGAUCAUAAGAAGACGCUGAUAAUUAUGGCGAGACGUCGUUGGAUCUUCAGUGGUUAAUGUGGUUUCUAAUCACCUACUCGUGCUUGUCGCAAAUUUACAAGAUUUUCCCUUCUGAAGGCAGGGGCACAAGUAGUGGAAGACGAGUAGUUAAAUUUUGAAAAAGUAACAAGGUGGACGAGGUAGAUCUCUAAGAUGAAGAAGCUUUGCAAAGACAAGAUUUCGAAUGCAGGAAUGCUGAAACUGACGCUUCGGUGCGACCUGGCGGUGGAUGCUGGAUCUUAUGGUCUGUGCAGCUUUGUUGUUGCUCGUGUUGAUUCAUCAAUGCGGAGGAGGAGGAUAAUUUAUUAGAGAGGAGUUUAUAAAAAAAUACGAAUACCUCACAUACUGAUACUCGUCUUUCUACUCUUUCUUCUAAUGAAAACAACAACGGCCAAUUUCGAGUGCGGAACUGUGUGGGACAAGGACUCGCUUAGUCGGAGAUGCAGGGAUUUUUGGGUCGAUGGAUAUGCUACGUGCUUGCCGUGGGCCUACAGGAUCAGGAGGUGGGACGAAUGUGAGACUCCACGAUGCUGGAGAGUUGGUUGUGCCUACUCAGCUACAACCAGGCUGAGGGGAGCAAAUGAGACUUCUAGAUCUACAUGAAGAUUGUGUAUUCGAAGACCUGAAGAUCAUGUGAGAAGACUUUGGCACAAAAAAUCACGCACCACAAUCAUUCGUCACCUUGUCCGAUUGCUAUUCUUUACCUGUGAAUAUCCGGGUCUUAUCCAGAAGUUUGCGUCAAAGAACAGGGUCCAUUGUUUUCUUCUUGAUACUCACGCACCCACGCGCAUGGCUGAAGGAAGAACCUUACACACAACGCGCUGUUGAAAGUCGUCUUUGAUGUUUGUCGUUGCUACUCAAUAUUGUCGGGAAUAUGUUGUUCGCAACAGUGGCUGAUCUGCAGCACUUUGUAACAGGAUGAAUCGCGUUCAUGGCGCGUUUUUGUUUGAGG